AUGGGGAGCCUGGGAUUCAGGGUUUUCGGCAUCGUCUACGUCGGUAUCAUCGAAACAUUCCAAGUGUCCCGCGAGGAGGCAACGUGGCCGCUGACCAUCUUCGAUGUCGUCACAAGCUUUGCCAACUAUGCUUUUAUUUCUGAUCUACUGUUUGGCUUCAUCUGCCGACGUUCCUGCUCUCGUGCUGUGCUCCUCGGAUGCUCAUUUCUUGGCCCCGUAGCGAUCGCUGUGUGCUAUUUUGCACCCAACGUAGCCUUCAUCACUGGCUUCUACGGUGCUGUUAAUGGUAUUGCAUUUUCUGGCCUCAUGGUGGGACUGCACGUGGUCAUCGCCCAGUACUUCGAGAAGCGACGUGCCACGGCGUUCAGCGUAUUCUACACUCUAGCGGGACUAAACACUUUUUUUGUUCCACCAAUAACUGAACAUUCACUCACCGAAUAUGGGGUUCGAGGAGCCCUGCUCAUUCUUGGUGCCAUCUCCCUGAACGCCUUCCCCGCUGCGAUCAUCCUUCGCAGCCCACCGUGGGCAGACCCAACCCGCCAACGAUUAACGCCAAGACCCGUAAGCAAUCAGGCCUUGCAGCAUGCCGACCAGAAUGUCUCGCUCACAAAUGAUGGCAAAGCUAACAACCUUAAAUUUGGCAACAAUGGCACGACAAAGCCCUCGAAGACAUCUCUCUCUACCAAUACUAAGACGGACAACAGCUUGUUUAUCACCGCAAAGAACUUCCUCACACUCAGGUUCUGGGUUGACUCCACGUCCUUCGGAGUGGCUUACAUGUCAUACGCCGUGUUCGUCAUGCUUGUGGUGGACCUUGCAAAAGAUCGCGGAGUUUCGACCGCAGACUCCGUCUACCUCUUUCAUGCGUUCAGCGUGGGCGACGUCGUUAUGCGAGCGCUCAACGGCUGGAUUGUGGACGCUGGUUUGCUAAGCGUGAAUAGCAUAAUGGGGCUCGGAUUUUUCGUGCAAGGAAUCGGCUUUGUCUUCAUGGUUUACGGCGUCGGUUUGCCCGCCCUUGUGGCCGCUUCGUUCCUGCUGGGUGCAAGCAUCGGCUUAAGAAUGUCUUUGGGGACCAUCAUGCUCAUCUUGGACUUCGGUGUGGAGGCUCUUCCAAUUAUGAUCGGUGGUUUGGGUGUCGUAAGCUCGCUCAACAGCUGGCUGAGGGCCCCGCUCGUUGGAUACUUUCGAGACAAGCAUGGAUCCUACGACGGUGUAAUGCUAAUCAUGGCAAUUGUAUCUCUCAUCUACGUGCUCAUCUGGGAGGCAAGGUUCUUUAUAAAUAAAAUAGCGCAACGCAGAAGAAAGGCCCAAGUGCAAGUUGAAUCGGGAAAAGCAGCGGUCACUACGAAGACUUGA